AUGAACACAUUUCACUGUACAGAACCAGCUGAAGAAGAGAGAGUGUCAGUGGCAGACGGAGAAUCUGUUACUCUGGAGCCUAAAACUGUCCUUCAGGCAGAUGAUAAGAUACAGUGGUGGUAUCAAGAUAACCAUGAUCUAAUCGCUGAAUUCGAUGGAAAGACCAAAAGGACAUUUGAUGGUUUUGAUGAAAGAUUCAGAAGCAAACUAACGCUGGAUGAAAAGACAGGAUCACUCACAAUCAGUAACAUCAUGACUAUUCACUCUGGACUCUAUAUACUAGAAAUCAGCAGCAAAACCAGAAGAAUCAACAAAAGAUUCAUCCUUACUGUCAAAAUGAUGAAAGUGUCAGUGGCGAGGGGAGGUUCUGUCACUCUAAAGAUGGAUAGUGAAAUACAUAAGGCUGAUGAGAUACUGUGGACGUUUGGAGCUGAAAAUCGUCUUGUUGUUAAAGCUGAUUCAGGAACAACUAUUUGUAAGAGAUUUGAAGACAGAGUAACGCUGGACAAAAAGACCGGAUCUCUGUUCAUCAGAAACAUCGAAGCUGCAGAUUCUGGCCAUUUUAAACUACAGAUCAUCAACAGCGAACAGACCAUAUUCAGAAGAUUCAAGUUGACUGUCACUGAUUCCACAGAAAAAGAAGUAAAUGAAUCAGUGACUGUAGAGAUGCCGCUGUUGAACAAAGAGUAUGUGGAGUGAAUGAGUGAGAAGUCACACCCACCAAUGUCAAUCUCUGUGACAGCAUUUGAGCUCAACAACACAUUUCUGAUUCACAUUUCUGAACACAUCACUGUGUUGUUGAGCCGUUAAACUGUCCAUUAAACAAUCUGAUAUAUAUCUGAUAAAUAACUGGAUAGACCCCCAAGCCCCCCAACAAAUAACUGUAAAGAACAAAUAAAAAUGAUUUAUGUAGGUCUGCCUUUAUUUCAAUCAAUGUAUUUAUUCAAAUCAUUUCACAUAUGAUAUGGGGGGAAAUUAUAUGUAUAUAUAUAUAUGUAUGUACUAUUACUGUUUUAUGUCUUUUGUAGUGUGCUGUAUUGACUUCAAGAAAGAUAAGAUAAUGUAAAAUAAUGUCUGUUUUUUAUAAAUCAUUUUUCAUUGCAUGAAUGUUUGUAUAAUAACUCCUGAUAGAAAUGCAUUUAAUAUCCCUUUCUAUGUGGACAAUCCUUAAAUGCAAACUGCACGUGUUUUGCCUGAUUUAUUAGUCAUUUAUAUUAUAUUACUGUUGUUUAUAUAUAUAUAUAUAUAUAUAUAUAUAUAUAUAUAUUUUUUUUUUUUUUU